AUGACGGCAAUCUUGGUGGGAAUAGUGUACGAGUUUUCCAGGAAAUCAUCACCUAUCCCAAGAUCAGAUUUAUAUUCCCUAGUUACAAAAUCUCUUGGGGCAGAUAAUUAUGCUUUGAAAGUGAAACAAUUUCGUGAUUGCGAAGAGUUUAAGUCGUUCACGGACCCUUUGCAAUCCAAUUUUGAGAAAGAUUCUACGGGUCUUCCAAAAGUAUUUUUCAUAGAGAAUUACUUAGAAUUGGUCAAAGACAAUUUCCACAGAAUAAGAAAGGCAUUAUCUCAUGAUCCAUUAGUUGAACCACAACUUAGAGUUUCAUAUGAAGCUUUUGAGGAAAUGCAGAAUAAACUCGCACAGCUAACACACGAAUUGAAGGAGGUUAAUGAGAAGUCCGCAGCUAAUGAGAAAUAUCUCAAGCAGAAGAUUUUAGACGCUGAAGAAGAAUUGAAUACUUCAAGAAUGCUGAUUGAAAAAUCGACCUCUCAACUUGAUCAGCUUCGAGAGCUGGAGUCUAUUCUCACAGAGAAAAUAGAAAAACUAGCAUCUGACUUAAAGCUAGUGGAGGAAGAAAGAGAAAGUUUUGAGGACAAUUAUAUCAAAUGUGCAGAGCAAUUAGACGAAGUACGAAAACUGAACGUUUCUGACAAAGAAUUGAUAAGUGAAUUGACUCAAAAGUUGGAGUCACUGGAAGCUGAGAAAAAAAGGGCUGAAGAGGGUAUUAACAAAAUGAGCAGAGAACUUUUCUUACUUACAAAGCAGAAGAAGGAAUCAAGCUCUACGAUUUCGAUUUUGGAGAAGAGACUUGAGUCGAUCCAGGCAAGCAAAGAGAAGUUGGAAGAUAAUUAUAGAAUCCAAUUUGAAGCUCUCAAGAAGACAACAGAAAAUUACAAGGCUAAAGUGCAGAUUAUUGAAGGUCAAUUAAAAGAGUUGUCGAAUGAUCGGGACAGAAAGGCUUUCAAAAUUCGAGAAUCUCAAGAAAGGCUUUCUGAAGCAGAAUCGAAUAAUAUAAGCCUCAUGGAGAAGCUUCGUACUGCAGCUGUGCUUGUUCAAAAUCUUCGAAGAGCAAAUCCUGAUAUUAAAGAGGACAAAACAGUAAUACAAUCAUCUAUAUUGCAAUCACAGGAGGAAUUUAAAACUGUUCGUGUUCUUGAAGAAGAAAUCACUCAACAACGCGAGAAAAUCCAUGAAUUAGAGUUCCUUAUUCAGCAAACGAAAGAUUCAGCAGCUAGGGAGGAAACUAAUUUGAGAAAUGAGAUAUCGGCUCUCUCUGACGAGCGGGCAAAUCAAACAGAGAAAGAGCGGCGUCUCAGCGAUGAACUUAAUAAGGCAAUAAUGUCUCUCGCAGAAGCUGAAGAAAACUUCCACAGGGAGAAAAUUUCUUUGCAGGAAGAAGUACAAACUCUUGGAUUAGAGAAGGACCAGUUGCAAGAGAAAAUGAAAAAAUCCGAGGCUGAGCAUGAAUUGGAAAAGAAGCGAUUGCAAGAUGCGAUGAAGACACUCAAAGAGGACAUGCUGCAAAAAGAAAAACUUUUGAGAGAAGAAUUACUCUCGAAAUCAAAAGAGUUUGAUGGUCUAAAGCGCGAGCUUAAUAACCAAUUGGAGGUUUCAUCAUCAUUGAAGAGACAACUUGAACGACAAAUUAAGAAAUAUGAUGAAUUUAGCAUUAAGGCAACAUCAGAGAGGGAUUCUCUAGUUGAGAAGAACCGCGCAUUAUUGGCAGAUGUGGAAUCUCUUCAAGAGGAAUUCAAGCGUUCUUUAUCAAAUUCGAAGGACACUAUUCGACAGCUCGAAGAACAGGUGCGAAGAUUGUCAGAAGAAAAUGAACUGUCAGCUUCGUCUAAGGUGAUUAUCGAAAAGCACGAAGAAAUGGAACUACAACUACAGCAACAAAUUCGAGCUAAAGACGCCGAGAUCAACAGACUCGAGGAGACUAUCCAAAAGGCCAUAGCUGAGCAGGAGACCACAGUGUCUCAAUUUGAAACACGAAUUACUGAUUUAACUGAAUCCAAUUCAAAGGAAGUGGAAAACUUGAAAAUUGAGAUAGAAAAGAUUACAUCAGAAAGAGAGACCUUAAUGGAACAAUUAUCCAAAUCUAAAGAGAUUGGAAAGAAUGUUUUCUUGACGGAAAAGCAAGAGUUUCUCAAACAACUCGAGGCAGAACAGAACAAAUUAAGCAUUGUGCUUAACGAAAAACAGGCAGCCCGUGAAUUAAUCGAACGUUAUGAACAUACAAUCACUGAGAAUCAGAAGCAGAUUGCUGAACAAACUUUGCUUCUUGAUGAAAAGGACAAAGAGAUCAGGGAUCAGGUCGAAAAACUGAAGCACGACGAGGAACUAUUUUUCGCAGAAAAAAGUGCCCUAAAUAUUCGAAUUGCUGAGCUAAAUGAUCAGAAAGUUUCGUUGGAAACAAAAAUGAUAGAAACAAAGGAACUGAAAGCAGAUUUAGAUGAACAAAUUCGAAACAUAGCCACAGCUAAGACAGAAUUGGAGAGAGACUUGCAGCGCUCCUGGACAGAUAUACUGCAAUUGGAGGCAGAAAUGAAACUUAAAGAUGAACACAUUGAAGAGCUAAAAUCCAUUAUUGACAGCGAAAAGGAAAAGAAACAAAAGGAAAUGAUUGCUCUGAAAAUUGAAGCAACGGGCAAUGAUGGAGCUACCAGGGAUGCUUUGACAAAAGAGAUCACAAAUAAGAUUAAUGAACUUGUUGCCAAAGAUAAACUCAUAUUUGAGAUUGAAAAGAAGUUAGAGGAGUCUACCAUCGCUUUAGAAGACUUGACAGGUCAAAACGAUCUGUUGAAGCUCCAGAAAAAUAAAUUGGAAAUUGAUUUGAAGAACACCCAGAAAGAAUUAAAACAAUUAACAAAGCAAUUAUCGCGGCUAGAGAAAGAACUUGAAUGGAGGAGAAAAAUAGAACCUAAUGAUCCUGAAAACAACUUUUCAGUCUAUAAGAUCCAGAUAUCAGAGUUGGAGUCCUCUCUCGAGAAAACUGAAGAUACUUAUCGAAAUGAGAUGGAAAAACUUCAAGAAUCCUAUACAUCAAAAGUGUCUGAAUUGCAGUCCGAAUCGAACAAGUUCAAGAAUGAGUGCGCCCAACUUGCGGAAGAUAUUGCUUCAUUAGAAACUAAAAAUCAAGAACUAAAAAAUGAAUGCAGAAAAAUGGCGACUGAACGUAAAGCUCAUGAUGUUGGGCAAAAUGACAAGGGAUCCCAAUACAGCGACAGAGACAGUGAAAUCAAGGGACUUCAAUCAGAAAUUGAGACAUUAAACUCGACUGUUGCAUCAUUAAGGGUGGAACUCCACGCGAGAGAGGAAGAAUAUCGAAUGGCAAAGAAUGAGUUGCAAGGAGUUGAGGCACAACUUAGUGAACUUUCUUUGGACCAUCCUAUACACAAGAAAAUGCCAGAUGCAUCACAACGAGAAGGCGACUCGAUGCUACCAUCAUUGUGGCCAAAAUCGAAAGAGGAAGUUCUUUCGUUGCAAGACGACCAUGGAGUGCUUGAUUUAGAUUCCGUUUCCAAAGACAAGACACAGGCUGAAAUAAGCUCACUCAACGACAAAGAGUCGAACUUGGAACAUGAAACUGACAUGUAUGAGGAGUUGCGUAAAAAGAUUAAGGAGCUUGAACUGAGGGAGCACUGUUUGGAUGAUCAGGUCAAAAUGAAAGAAGAACAAAUUGCUAAGUUCAAGGUUGAAAAUGACAUACUAAAAGAAGAACUAUCAGAAGAGGUGGAGAAUAAAUGCAAAAGCUCGGAAUUAGAACGACAAGUUGAAAUAUUGAAAUCAGAGAUAGCGAUGCGAGAAGAGAGGAUCCAAGGCCUUAAAUCCCAAGUUAAUAGAAGUACGGAGACCAUUUCAGAACGUGAGAAUCACAUAACUGCAACAGGCAAUACUGAUGAAAACCAGUUGAAACUUCUUCAAGUUGAAUGCGAAGAUUUGAAGGAGGAAUUGAAAUAUAAGUCAGAGAUUGUGACUUUGAUAGAGAAGGAAAAGAGCGAAGUUGAAAGACAAUUGAAAGAGCUACAACAAGUUUUGAGUACUAAGGACGAUACGAAACGCACAGAAGCUCUUGCAAAUGAAGACAAUAAGGAAAACGGGCAGUCAAUGAUCCCUGAACAAGUCACAAAACUUAAAAGUGAAGUGGAAGAGCUUCAUGAGAAACUUGAGCGAGAACAUGAAUUACGUUCUCAAGCCGAAUCUGAAUUGGAGACAUUAAGAAUAGAGAGGAGGAAAGAGAAAGAGGCUAUUGCAAGAGAAGAAGAACUGAAAAAGAAGGUCGAGGCUGAUUUUGAAGACAUGAUGCUUAUGUGGGAAGAACAGGAGAAGAAAAUCGAACUUUUCAAACAAAGAUUGAGAGACUGUGGGCCAAGAAGUUUCCAGCGACGAGGAGUAGGAAAAACAUUGCGAACAAAAUAUAAAUAG